AUGCUUCCGACGCUCAUGCUCUUUGUGCUACAAGGCCAUGCCGCUCUCGGCCUGGCCGUCACUGCCAGCUCAAUCACCAUCCGUCCGAGUCCUUUACCCACCAGUGAGCCAACACCGACAACACCGGCAACACCGACAACGUCGACCAGUGGCAAGUGGCUGAUCAUCGAUAACACUUCUAUCUUCUGGCCUACCUACACCGACUACUUCUAUGGACCCACGACUGGACCGGACGCGGCUGCUGUGACCUGCAACGCCAAAUGGGUCGAGUAUAUUGGCCGAUCCACUGAGCUUCAAUCACUUGGCCCAACAGCCACUACUACGUCUUAUGAUUACUAUCCGAGCAGCGAUGGGGCCUGCAGAACCUCCACCUUCUUGGAAGGCUGGGAUGAUCACCACACGGGACCAGUCACUACUCUGUGUGACGGCACUCCACGAGCCCUCGGACCCCGGGAGACCGUCACGUCGUAUUAUCCCGGCACAGGACCAUGCAGCACACUCACGGCCACGUAUACCAACAUCGUUAGCCUGUAUCGGGAGCCCGAGGCCCCUGACUGCACCCUGAAUACGCAAGAGUGUAUUCCCAUCUGGCAAACCUACAGCAGUCGCAGCAGUCAAUACUACAAUUCGAUCACCACCGUGUCUACCGCUGACACGAACAGCCCUAUCGACCCAUGGAGCUGUCCGUCGACCCAACGAACAUACCCUGAAGAUCCGUGCACCGCCUGCCACUUCCUCCCGGACACAGCUACCGUGUUUUACUGGCCUGUGGUGACCGCCAGCGGUGAUCUCUGUCACCAGGACGGCAGCACCAUCCCCGCCACACCGACCGGAUCCGGGCCCAAUACAGCGGUCGUCGACGGGAACACGUUCAUUUCCCCGAGUAUUUACGUCUCCUUCACAUCCAUAUACGCCUGGAGUAACCGCCGUGCGCAUCCCGGCAGCCAAUGUGGUGAAUAUCACACCGACGCCAUCAUCUCAGUGGACCCCGUCAGCGUUUCCUCGGUCCGCAGUCAUCGGAACGCCAAGUAUCCAAUUAUCGGAACAGCAUACCCAUUUAACUUUGCCGAGUUCAUGCCACAGGAGGUCGGCAACUACACCAUGCCUCUGAUUCCUUGGCCGCAAUACCGAGGGGGCUCGCAAUGCCCGAUCUACGAUCCGUCCUGCACCAUGAUUCGAGAUGACUAUAUGCCAUUCUUGGAUCUGCCGGAGGCUGUCAGAGCAAUCGAUCCGCUGUGGACCAAAUGCGAUGCGCAUUGGUAUAUCCCGCCCGUCACUCUGGUGCCGUUGACGGCGGCCACGGUCGUCUUGCCUACCCCGGUGGGGGAGGCGAAAGUCAUGGCUGCGACGGCGGUGCCCGAGUCAGCGGUGGCGGUGCCUACGCCGGAGGCAACGGGGUGGUAA